AUGGCAGAGAGAGGUGGAAACGAAGAAGUGAUUAACCUGAACAGCUUCCGUAGUCACAGAGGGAAAGACAGGAUAAACCGCAGGGACGAAGGUCUUAUCACAAUAUCGGAUUCCUCGGAUGAAGAAUUACCUUUGUUGCUGGAAAUUCCAGCAGAGCAGCAGCAUGAGGAAGAUGACGAUGAUGUAGUCAUCUUGGUAGAGACUCGAAAGCAUCAGCAGCUUCUGCGUCCCAAUGUCAUCAGACCUGCUGCUCAAUGGCAGGGUGCAAACACUGUGGGAGAAGGAGGAUCUAAAAGUGCUGUCGGGCCCUUGAAGAACAUAUAUCAGCAAGAUGAGAACUCAACUCUGCUGUGCCAGGGAGACCGGUAUAAUCACAUGGUGGAGAGCAAUGCUGCACCAAGCAGGGAUGAGAAUAUGAACUUUGCCUUGCAGCAGCCUGGACCAUCUGAGCUUAAUGGCCCCACGUUUGAACUUACAAGUAACCAGGAGCCUGGCCCAAGUUUGCUUCCAGCAAUAAAGAUGAGCCCACAGCCUGUUAUUAACAGAGAAAUCAUUAGUCUGGAGAAACCAGAUCUUCCUCCACAACGGGAGGAAAAGGUGGAAGCCCAGGGAUGGCAGGGAGAGGACUUGGAGCCAGAGCAAAACAUUGGAGGAGCAGCUGCUGCAACUACCGCAGACCAGGAGGUCCACAAGAACAGCCAGCAGGAUCACCCGUACCCCCAGCCGUUGGAAAACAAGCCGCACGCUGUAGUAAAUGGUUGUGCUCCUCAGCAAGGGCAGCCUGAAGCGGACCCAGGAUCUUUGAGGGCGUAUGGAGAGGAGGCUCCUGGGCCAGCCUUCCCCCGACCUGAACCACAGCAGGAUGGGAUUCCGGGUCCGGGUUCACCCCAGCCGGCACAUCCACCAGAAGAAACGGGUCAGCAGGCAGCGAUAGACAACGAACAGCCAGGUCCAGUGUUCCCCGCGCAGGGCUCUCAGGAACUUGGCUCCGGUAAUGUGCCAGAACAAGGAGCUGCUGGGCAGGACCAGGACCUCAUGGCACUGCUCAUCAGAGAGACAGAAGCAAGAUUCCCAGAUGUGACGAAGGAAUAUAUUGAAGAGCUAAUCAGCAUCAAGAAUUGCUAUGACUUAAAUGUGCUUUGUAACUUUCUUUUGGAAAAUCCAGAUUACCCAAAGAAGGAAGGCAGAGUGGUUUUAAAUCCCAGCAGCAGCCUGCUUGCCAGCCAAGAUGAGACAAAGGUGCCUAAAGUGGACUACUUUGACUUUUCCAAACUUGCCCCCCUCGAUCAGCGGUGCUUUAUUCAGGCAGCUGACCUCCUUAUGGCAGACUUCAAAAUGCUGAGCAGCCAAGACAUUAAGUGGGCACUACAUGAACUCAAGGGACACUAUGCAAUCACGCGAAAGGCCUUUUCAGAUGCCAUCAAAAAAUGGCAGGAACUGUCUCCCGAAACCAGUGGGAAACGAAAAAGGAGGAAAGAAAUGAAUCAGUUUUCAUACAUAGACUUCAAAUUUGAGCAAGGGGAUGUGAAAAUUGAGAAGCGCAUGUUCUUCCUGGAGAAUAAGAGACGGCACUGGAGGUCCUAUGACAAGCUUUCUCUUCUCCCACCGGUGCUACUGGAGCAGGAAUUCUAUGAGCAGAAAGUUAAAGAGAUGGCAGAGCACGCAGACUUUCUCCUUGCUCUGCAGAUGAAUGAGGAGCAGUAUCAGAAGGAUGGUCAGAUGAUUGAGUGCCGCUGCUGCUACGGGGAGUUUGCGUUUGAAGAGCUAACUCAGUGUGCAGAUGGUCACUUGUUCUGCAAGGAGUGCCUAAUUAAAUAUGCUCAGGAGGCAGUCUUUGGCUCUGGGAAGUCAGAGCUCAGCUGCAUGGAAGGCAGUUGCACGUGUUCAUUCCCCACCAGCGAGCUGGAGAAGGUGCUUCCAGAGAACAUCCUCUGUAAAUACUACGAGCGGAAAGCUGAGGAGGAGGUGGCUGCUGCCUGCGCGGAUGAGCUUGUCAGGUGUCCGUUCUGUAACUUCCCAGCUCUACUGGACAACGAUGUGAACCGGUUCAGUUGCCCUAAUCCCCGCUGCAGAAAGGAAACGUGUCGGAAGUGCCAGGGGCUGUGGAAGGAGCACAUGAACCUCACCUGUGAGCAGCUGGCUGAGAAGGACGACAUCAAAUACAGGACAUCCAUAGAAGAGAAAAUGACAGCCGCCCGAAUUAGAAAAUGCCACAAGUGUGGGACCGGCUUAAUUAAAUCGGAGGGUUGCAACCGCAUGUCCUGCCGCUGCGGUGCUCAGAUGUGCUACCUCUGCCGGGCUGCCAUUAACGGCUACGACCACUUCUGCCAACACCCCCGCUCGCCCGGGGCUCCCUGCCAGGACUGCGCAAAGUGCUCCCUCUGGACAGAUCCCACAGAAGAUGAUGAGAAGAUAAUCCAGGAGAUUCAGAAGGAGGCUGAAGAGGAGCAAAGGAAGAAAAAUGGAGAGAACAGCUUCAAGAGGAUCGGCCCGCCUGCAGAAAAGCCCAUGGAGAAAAUCCAGAGAAUUGAAGUCAUCCCCAGACCUGUUCCUCAGAACCUCCAUCAGCCCCGAAUGCCCCCUUACCACUUCGUGCACCCUCCCUUCCCACUCCCUCCCGUCCGUCCCAUUUACAACAACAUCCCCCUCAACAUCGGCCCCAUCCCUGCCCCCUACGUCCCCCCCUUGCCUAACAUGAGGGUGAACUACGAUUUUCCCCAGAUCAACGUUCAGCUGGAGCACAACUUGCCUAUGCACUUUGGCCCUCAGCCUCGACACCGGUUCUGA